CGAACCUUUUCACAUGCCAUGUAGAGUGUCAUUGGAAAGGCAACCCAUUCAGAGCUAACCGUGUGGUCCUACUGGAGCAACUUUACGGAGCGGCAAGAAAGGGAGUCUACAGAAUUCCAUCGGAAGGUGGACAACUGGAACUAAGAGCCACUCUUUUCUUCUGGAGGCGAGUACCUGAGACCCCGGCGUAACCAUGGCAGACGAGGCGGACAUGCGCAAUGAGCUCACCGACCUGCAGGAGCGCGCCGACCAGAUGGCAGAUGAGUCACUGGAGAGUACCCGGCGUAUGCUUCAGCUGGUGGAGGAGAGUAAAGAUGCCGGAAUCAGAACUCUGGUUAUGCUCGAUGAGCAAGGAGAGCAACUGGAGCGCAUCGAGGAAGGGAUGGACCAAAUCAAUAAGGACAUGAAAGAAGCAGAAAAGAAUUUGACGGAUCUAGGCAAUCUCUGUGGAGUAUGCCCCUGCUGCAACAAGCUGAAGGAUCGUGGUCAGUCCUGGGCCAACAACCAGGAUGGCGUGGUGUCCAGUCAGCCUGCCCGCGUGAUGGACGAGAGGGAGCAGAUGGCCAUCAGUGGCGGCUACAUCCGCAGGGUAACAGACGACGCAAGGGAGAACGAGAUGGAUGAGAACCUGGAACAAGUGGGUGGCAUCAUCGGUAACCUGCGCCACAUGGCUCUGGACAUGGGCAACGAGAUCGAUACUCAGAACCGCCAGAUCGACAGGAUUAUGGAGAUGGCUGAUUCCAACAAGACCCGGAUUGACGACGCCAACCAGCGUGCCACAAAGAUGUUGGGCAGUGGCUAACUUUCUCCUAUACAAGAAGUGCUUUCACCCCCCUUCCCCCCCAGCCAAGUACCCACUUAUGCUGUACCUGCCGUGGUACACAUGUGCUUUUAUCAUGGUUAUUCACCCGAUACAGUAGGUUUGCACACAGGCACAUAUCUGUCCCUACUGGCUCCCGUAGAAAAGAAAAAAAAAUCGUCGUCCUGUAUCGUCUGUCUUGGCCUCUUUACUGUAAACGAUAGUGCUGGUAAAUGAUUACUGUCUAUGAACUCCAAUUCUCUCUCUCCAAAGGUUGUAUAUAGUGCAUAUUUGAUGGCUUAGAGUUCAUGUGUGAGGUUUUAAUUAUCUUUUUGUUUCUCUCUCUUUGUUUUUUAAAUAUAUACAUAUUUAUUAUAUCUUUGUCCACCUUUUUUGGAUGAAGGAUAUUGAAGAAAUGCUUCACGUGAUUCAAUUGUUCAUUUUUUUCUGUUUGUACUUCACAGUAAAAGGCAGUAAAUGGCUUCAUUUCUUUUCACUACUGCCAUGCUGUAUAUUUUUAUGUAAUGAAACAAGAGAGGAGAAGGAUGGCAGUGUGAAUUAGCAAGUAAUGUACAAAAGAGAAUGGUUGUGUUCCCUUCAUUUGUCCCUGUCCCUUUACAAGUAGAGUUAGCGAGACACAUCAUGUGUGAUAUCAUUGCAUACUGUGUACUAUUAUUAGUGAUAGAUUUAGGGAUACUGUACGUAAGUAAACGAAACAUUACACUGUAAAAAUAUCUAACAUGGCAGUAACAUUUGAGGGUAUCUAUGGUCAAUAUCAGGACAAGACAGAGAGUAUCACAUUCCUGCAACUUUGCAAUAGUGCCACUGUUUUUACUCCUGUGUCUGUAUAUCAGCAUUAUGUGGUCAUCGUUGUAAAAUAACCAGUUCAUGCCAUUAAAAAUAAACUAUAUGACCAAAACACAAACAAA